AUGACAACAAACAGGUUUAUACAAUCAUAUUUCUGUCCAUACAGAAAUUAAUAUUAAUUUUGGCGAGAAUAUCCGCGUUUAUAAAAGGCGAAAGUCGAUAUUGACGGAUUCUGGAUUAUGGUGUUGGAAUAAUAAAAUUGUACAGUUAUUUAUAAAACUUCUAUAAUGAUAUAGUUUUAAUAAAUAAUACGUACUAUUUCUUACUGUCGUUUCAAAUAUCCCGCCGGAAGAGCGUCGAAAUAUAGCCUUGCGAGUUAUUUCGUGGUUACAGGAUUUCUACUAUUCUUUCUUAUUUGGUACAAAUGAAGUUUCCAAGAGUCUAAUUAAUAAAAUGAUUUACGUUGAUUUAUAGAAUAAUUUUUUAAGAGUCUAAUUAAGAUUUCUUCCAGAUCCAAAUCUUGGUUUCAAUUAAGAUUUUGAAUUAAUUAUAAGAUUUGAUAUUUCCAUUAAUAUAUAUAUCCAUCAUUUUUAUAUAUGGUCUAUAUACAGAUAUAUCUUUCAAUUAUAUAUUUUCAUUGAAUCCAUAGGAAUUUUCUAUUUCGAAUACAUAUGCUAUCCUUAUUUAUCACGAGUACUGGAUGAUUUCUAUUCCAUUCACUUCUCUUUCUUUUCAAACGUAAAUCUUCCCUUCGAAAAUUCCAUUCAUAAAAAACGUGAAACACACAAGGAUUAAUAAAAUCAUAAGAUUUUGAAUUACUUGGAUAUAUAUAUAUAUAUCCAUCAUUUUUAUAUAUGGUCUAUAUACAAAUAUAUUUUUCAAUUAUAUAUUUUCAUUGAGUCCGUAGGAACAUUCUAUUUCGAAUGCACAUGCUAUCCUUAUUUAUCACGAGUAUUGGCUGAUUUCUAUUCCAUUCUCACUUCUCUUUUUUUUCAAACGUAUUCUUUCCUUCGAAGGAACUCCAUUCAUAAAAAACGUGGAACACACAAGGAUUAAUAAAAUCAUAAGAUUUUGAAUUAAUUAUAAGAUUUGAUAUUUCCAUUAAUAUAUAUAUCCAUCAUUUUUAUAUAUGGUCUAUAUACAGAUAUAUCUUUCAAUUAUAUAUUUUCAUUGAGUCCAUAGGAACAUUCUAUUUCGAAUACAUAUGCUAUCCUUAUUUAUCACGAAUACUGGAUGAUUUCUAUUCCAUUCUCACUUUUCUUUCUUUUCAAACGUAUUCUUUCCUUCGAAGGAACUCCAUUCAUAAAAAACGUGGAGCACACAAGGGUUAAUAAAAUCAUACUCGGCACUGAAAUUAAAUAUUUAAAACUUAUAUUUAAAUAACGGGGUAAUCAAAAUUUUAGUAAUAUUUAAUCUCUCGUGUAUUCGCGCGUUCUAAUCAACUGAAAAUUGCAAGCAAAAACACUGAAAUGGCAUAAACGAGCUUCUCCAGCGAACUCGAGUUAUUGAAAUUGUUGCGUUUAAUUAUCAGUUGCGGAACAAGUCCGGCAAUCAACGCUCCUUCACGGGGAAGUUCGUAUUAGAUGCACAGGUGCCACUUACGGGGACACGCGUUAAUGAUUAACAACGAUAAAUAACAAGAACCGUUUGUUCUUUAUAUAAAUCGUUGUAGAAGAGGAGAUGCGCGAGCACCGCGGAUAAAACUGGAUGCAAUUAGAGCGGAUGCAGCAGAAACACGUCGCGUCGAUGAUAGGCGUGUGAAAGUGUACGUGCAAGCGUACAUUGGUCGACACAUUUUUACUUUCGAGUACACACUCAUCGACAAGAUGAUAACAUACCAGAUUUUCAUGGAAUACGCUCAAAAGUCUCCAAACAUGACGUGAAGUGACAUAUAAAAAGAUAAAGAGUACACUUAUAAACGAAAUGAAACUUUUGUCGUUGGUUUCCACAUUUAUUGACAAAAUAAAUAUGAAAUCUGAUGGCACACUUUUGUUGUGAAAUUAUAAUGCCUUUCGCCUAAAUUGAAUUAAAUGAAACAAAAGUAUUGCGGGAUUUCAUAAUUUAAUAACACGUGGAUCAUUCGUCGAAUCUCGGUGAUUCUGCCUUUAUCUAUCUGAGAAUGUGUACUUUCUUUUGAUCCAAGAGUACGUAAUAAUUUACGAGGGUACUUUCUGAAGUAAAAAGAGAAAUUUUUCAAAAUGUUUGAAGACACAUCCACGAGUAGACAAGGAUUUAGAUCCUGCUUGUGCAAAUGGGCACGGAUCGGUUCGCAAAUAUGGUUUAAAUAUUCAUCGACAAUAUUUUAAAAAAUAUGCUGCUGAUAUUGAUUUCAAGAAGCUGGAUUAA